AUGAUCAACAUAAAAAGAAUUCUAGGAAAAAGGACUGAUUUACUUCAUUUCAUUAAUGGAAGUAGCUAACAGUCUCUUCAAUAAUAUUAAAAGGCAUCACAAGGCUUGUAGUUCCUUUCUGGAUAGAGCAAAUAGCCUAAAAUUCAUAACUAGAAUUUUUACUAGUUUUCUGCAAUGAAGCGUACAUUCGAUCUAUUGAAUGAUUAGAAGAAGCUCAAAAGUGUCACCAACAAAGAAAUUCUUCUUGCUAACUUUGAGUCAAGAGUCCAACUAAGAUAUUAGCUUUUAAACUCUCUCUUUUAGACUCUUCCCGUAGAUUAAAUAAACGAAACUAGUAUGUUGAUACCAAUUUUAACCCAUGCUUGUUAGAAAGGAUUAGAAUCAGGAUUAAGCCCAGAAGAAGUUAUUGAUAAAUUUUUCAAAGAGUAUGAUUAAAACUAAAUCUAUAACACUGAGCAAAAGAAAAUAGACUUCCUUUUCCGCGUCGUUUAGUUUGUUGAAAGAUAAGUUGUGCUGGUUGAUGCUCUUGAAGAUGCUAAUUAUUCAUAAAUUAACGAUCUACAUGGUCCUGAAUCAUUAGGUAAUUUAAUUGAAAGAAUAAGAAGACACAAUUUGGAUGAUGAACUCUUGAAAUAGCUUUCUAGAUUUGCUGUUAGAGUUGUACUUACUGCUCACCCUACUCAGUUUUAUCCUAAACAAGUUCUUUCUAUCAUUAAUGAUUUAAAUGAAGCUAUUUAAUCUAAUGAUAUAACUUAAAUCUAAUAUCUACUUUGGUAACUAGCAAAAACUCCUUUCUUCUAAAGAGAAAAACCUACUCCAUUAGACGAGGCAUAGUUCUUAAUUUAGUAUCUAGAAAAUGUAUUUUAUGAUGCAGUUGGUACUCUCCAAGAUAGGCUCAGAAAGGUUUUAGGUUCUAAAUUCGAUAAACAAAAAGAGUUUCAUAAAUUUUACACUCUAGGUUUCUGGCCAGGUGGAGACAGAGAUGGAAAUCCUUUUGUUAGAGUUGAAACAACUAAAAAGGUAGCAAAAUUACUUAGAACUUCCAUCCUGAAAUGUUACAUCAGAGAUGUACGCUAAGUAAAAAAGAGAUUGAGUUUCAAAGGAAUUUAUGAGCUAUUAGAAGAAAUAGAAAACGACUUUGGUUCUAACUUCUCAUAUAAACCUUCAGUAAGCCUUGAAUAAUUGUAUGAAAAACUUGACUUUAUUAGAUAAAAAAUUAUCACUGACCACAAUGGAUUAUUUUUACCCAUCUUUGAGAAUUUCUAAAGAAAAGUUCAUACAUUCGGAUACCACUUUGCUUCGAUUGAUAUUCGUUAAGAUUCUAGAGUUUUAGAUAAGACCUUCAAAGCAUUACAAGAAAAAGUUCCUUAUAUGCUCCCAUAUAACUUUGAAGAACUCCCUGUCUAAUAGAAAUUAGAUUUAUUAUUGAGUCUUAAGCCUCUCAAUACAGUACCCUAACUUGAUGAUGAAGUGUUGAAUGAUACUCUCUAAACUUUUAAUGCCAUGAGGGAAAUAUAAGAAGAAAAUGGAGAAUUUGGUUCCUACCGCUUUAUCAUUUCCAACUGUAGAGGACCUCUUGAUGUUGCUAAGGUUUAUGCUAUGAGUUAGUUAACUGGAGGAUGGUCUGGUAAUUCUAAAAUCGAUGUUGUACCUCUUUUUGAAACUAUCGAUGAUCUUAAGUCUGCAGACAAAUCUAUGAAGGAACUAUUUUCUAACGGUAUAUAUCAAAAACACUUAAAGUUUAGAAAAAUGAGGUAAACUAUCAUGUGUGGUUUCUCUGAUGGUACUAAAGAUGGUGGCUAUCUUGGAGCUAAUUGGGGAAUUUACUAAGCUAAAGAAAAUCUGAGUAAAAUAUCUAGGGAUUAUGGUGUAGAAGCUAUCUUUUUCGAUGGUAGAGGUGGUCCACCUGCUCGUGGUGGUGGUAACAAGCACUUGUAUUAUGCUUCUCAAGGUCCUACUAUAGAAAAUCAUGAAAUCCAAAUUACUAUCCAAGGUUAAACUAUCAGCUCUAACUUCGGUGUUACAGAUAGUUGUCUUCAUAAUUUAGAACUCUUAAUGUCAGCAGGUUUGUAAAAUAAUGUCCUUGAAGACCCUAAAAGAGUAUUGACACAAUCUUAACGCGAUCUUUUAAAUGAACUUUCCGAGGUAUCUUUAAAGUCGUACCUUGAAUUUAAGAAUCAUCCUAAAUUUAUGCCUUAUCUGUUAGAAAAAUCUCCAUUAAAAUAUUAUGGUGAAGCUAAUAUUGGUUCCAGACCAGCUAAAAGAAGUGCUGGAGGAGAAAUGAAGUUUGAAGAUUUAAGAGCUAUACCAUUUGUAGGAGCUUGGUCACAACUCAAACAAAACGUUCCAGGGUUUUAUGGCUUGGGAACAGCUCUUAAAAAGCUUGAAGCAGAAGGAAGACUGAACGAAGCUGCAGAUUUAUAUAAAGAUAGUUUAUUCUUCAAAGCAUUAGUUUAAAACUCUAUGAUGUCAAUGUGUAAAACUUACUUCCCCUUAACUCACUACAUGUUGAAAGAUAAAUAAUAUAGUGAAUUUUGGAAUUAAAUUUAUAAUGAAUUCUAAGAAACUGAAAGAUUGUUACUUCUUAUCACUGAACAAAAGCAAUUACUUGACAAUGAACCUGUUAUAAAAUAAAGUAUCAAAUUAAGAGAAUAAAUUGUUCUCCCUCUACUCACUAUUUAGUAAUUUGCGCUUCAAAGAAUUAAUAAAGAUCAUCAAGAAGAUCUUCAUAAAUCAUAUCAAAAUCUUAUCAUCCGUUCUCUCUUCGGUAGUAUAAACGCUACAAGAAACGCUGCUUGA